GCCACAAAACAAAAGAAGAAGAAGAAGGUCUCGCUUUUGUGUGAGGUGUAGUUAUACGGAUAAUUUAUAGUGACUUAAAGUCGUUGAUUUGGAUUUAUUUUACUUACAGUUUAGCGUGUGUCAUGGCGUCUGGAGGAGCAGCGCAAGUGGGUGAUGUGGAGGAAGACGCGUCACAGCUCAUGUUUCCUAAAGAGUUUGAAAAUUCAGAGACUUUGCUGAACUCAGAAGUUCACAUGUUGCUGGAGCAUCGAAAGCAGCAGAACGAAAGUGCAGAGGACGAGCAGGAGCUGUCGGAGGUCUUCAUGAAGACCCUGAACUAUACCGCCCGAUUCAGUCGCUUCAAAAAUAGAGAGACCAUCGCUAGUGUUCGCAGGUAAACACCUUUCAAGCUUG